CUCACAUCUUUACUCAAUCGUCGGCUCAUUUUUUCUUUUGGAAACUUGUUUGUUUUAGCUACUGAUCAGAGCACCAUGAAUGUGAGCAGCAACGAUACAUCAUCGCUCAUGGCGUUGCUUGGCAAUGACCACAACCAUGAAAUCAUCAAUGCUAGAAGCAGCAGUGGAGUAGAAGGAAUUGUGGUGAACCGUACUCUGCCUCAAGUAAAGCAAGAAACUACCGCUCAAGUGGAACUUUACCGCUUGGAACUGGAACAAGGCGGAUAUCAGGGCACUCGGGACUUUUUUGCUAAAUUGCGAUUUGACAAUGAUGCUAGAAGUGCUUGUAUGGAUCGACUAGCGCAGGGUUAUCGCAGCGGUUCUACUUCUACAAGCAACACCAACCACCAUGAAGGUGCCAUGGCCACUCUUGCCACGCUUCAGCAAUGGGCCAAGUGCGAGCCCGACAAUAAAGACGCACAGCUGCUCUUUGGGCUCAUUCUAAUCACGAGUGCUUGGAGGUCCCUCAGUCCCACCAACUCCCGCGACCUCUCGGAACAGGAACAGUUUCGAGCCUUUUCCCGUCGGGCCAGCAAGGCCGAACAAGCUUUGCAGUCUGCCAUGGACAUUGAUCCAUCUGACCCAUUGCCCUAUGCUACCAUGCUCACAGCUACCAGAGAACUGGGCAAGCUUCGAACCACAUUCCAAAAGUUCCAGCAAAACUGCAAGGACCCACACAACCUGAACGUCCACCAAGUCAUGCUCUUGAGGCUCACUCCUCAUUGGGGAGGGUCCCUCCCAGAAAUGCUCGACUUUGCUAGAUCCGCUACAGUGGCCUCCAAGUCACCACCUCCCAAGGGUCAUCCUCUCUGGUCUCUCCUGGCCAAGGCACAUCUAUUGGCAUGGGAAGAACUAAAGACCGCUGCGGAUGCAACUUCAAGAACAUCUCCACAGCGAUUGGAGGAAGCACAAGCCUCCACGGAAUUGUCGUCGUACUGGAAAGAUCGGAGCAUUGGGAGAGAAAUUGUCAAGACAUAUCGCAAGUAUCGAGCUAGCAAGUUCAAGGGGGCCUCAUCGUCGUCAUCAGAAGAAUCCGAAAUUGCGUGCAGCAACCUCUUUGCCUUUUGUCUCUUCAAAUGCAAAGCCUACAAGGAUGCCAAUCCCGAAUUCACCAACAUUGCCAUUCGAGGAGGACCCACCGAAGAACCAUGGAACAAGGAAAGCAAACUGCAUUGGAAACAAGUCUACGAACGAGCACGGAGCAAAAUUAGUACCCGCGAGAAUGACAAGCAACAACAGGAUCCGACCCGACGGCCAUUCGACGGCAACGGCAGCUAUAAUUCAACAACAGCCACGGACUACAGCAGUAUGGGCGACAGCUUUUCCAGUUUGACGAUUGGUGGUAGCAGUAAUCACUCCCUCGGUUUCGGUGGCAGUGGCAGCAGUUUGAGUUUGAGCAAUCACAGCAGUCACCACCACAAGGACGGCAGUUUGAGUGGCAGCGGUCAUCGCGGACGACGUCGAUAGAUGCGACAUAACACCCAGACUGUUCGUUUUCAUGAUUUUACGGAUACAUAAUUUUAACAUACUUAUUAGCGCUCGAAUUCUGUUCAC